ACAGGGCAGGUGAUGGGAGAGGAGAGGUAAGCUAUAGAGAUGCCAGCCCAAUGCUAAGGUUGAUUGGGCACAGGCCAGGCUUGGACUCGGACAGGUGGAUGGAAGGUGGUCUACAAGGACAGAGGUGGGGGUCCUGUCACAGGCUCUGGAAGUAUCAGGUAGCUGGACCAGAAAUGUCCUACGUCCUCUUCUGCUCUCCUGGCCGCAAACCUCCCAGGGACUGAGCUCCCCACCUGGGGCCACAGGUAGAGUGAGAAGGAUGUUUGGAUAUGGGGAUGGAUCCCCGGUUUGGGGAGGGCUUCAGCCUGAGGCCACUCCACCCAAGCCCUUGGCCCUGUUCUGUUCUGUUCUGCCAGGUUCGUUGGGGGUUGACAGCUUUAUCUUUGCCUUGUGACGAGUGGCCUGUGGUUUUCCUGCCAACAGCUUCUGUUUCCGGAGGCUCAGCAGGGCCGAGGCGGAGCCAGGAGGGGCAGUGGGGCUGGGCCUGGGUGGCCCCACUAGCCCCGCCCCCAUCCAUCUUUGGGAAUUUAUUUGUCCACAGACAGGGCUGGCCCACAGUCCAUUGCCUGCCAGGGGCCAAGAGCUGCUCUGACCACCCAAGGAUUCUCCUUCUCAAUCCAAAUGCCUCCAACUAACCCCUGACUCCUGACCUCUGGCCCCAAGCUGCCUUGCCCUACCCUUCCUAAGGGACCAGGAAACCCCUAGAAGCUCCACUGUAGACGUGGGCGUUGACGCUGGUCUCACCUCAAGAGCAAAGGCUGUGCAAGGCGCUCAGUUCUCAGCCCCUAGCCUGGCCCACCAUGGCGCAGCGGCUCCAGGAUGAGCUGUCUGCUUUCUUCUUUGAGUAUGACACUCCCCGAAUGGUGCUCGUGCGCAACAAGAAGGUGGGCGUCGUCUUCCGCCUGAUCCAGUUCGUGGUUCUGGUCUACGUCAUCGGGUGGGUGUUUGUCUACGAGAAAGGCUACCAGACCUCAAGUGGCCUCAUCAGCAGCGUGUCUGUGAAACUCAAGGGUCUGGCCGUGACACAGCUCCCAGGCCUGGGCCCCCAAGUCUGGGAUGUAGCUGACUACGUCUUCCCAGCCCAGGGGGACAGCUCCUUUGUGAUCAUGACGAAUUUCGUUGCAACCCCCCGGCAGGCUCAAGGCUACUGUGCAGAGCACCCGGAAGGGGGCAUAUGCACAAAUGACACUGGCUGCAUCCCAGGGAAGGCAGAAAGGAAGGCCCAAGGUAUCCGCACAGGCAAGUGUGUGGCCUUCAAUGACACUGUGCAGACAUGUGAGAUCUUUGGCUGGUGUCCCGUGGAGGUGGACGACAACGUCCCACGCCCUGCCCUUCUCCAAGAAGCCGAGAACUUCACUCUCUUCAUCAAGAACAGCAUCAGCUUUCCACGCUUCAAGGUCAACAGGCGCAACCUGGUGGAAGAGGUGGAUGCGGCCUACAUGAGGACCUGCCUCUAUCACAAGGCCUUGCACCCACUGUGCCCCGUCUUCAAGCUUGGCUAUGUGGUACAAGAGUCAGGACAGAAUUUUAGCACCCUGGCUGAAAAGGGCGGCGUGGUAGGCAUCACCAUUGACUGGAACUGUGACCUGGACUGGCAGGUACGGCACUGCAAGCCCAUCUACGAGUUCCACGGACUGUAUGAGGAGAAAAACCUGUCUCCAGGCUUCAAUUUCAGGUUUGCCAGGCACUUCGUGGAAAACGGGACCAACCACCGGCACCUCUUCAAGGUGUUUGGGAUUCGCUUUGACAUUCUCGUGGAUGGCAAGGCUGGGAAGUUUGACAUCAUCCCCACAAUGACGACCAUCGGCUCUGGGAUUGGCAUCUUUGGAGUGGCCACGGUUCUCUGUGACCUGCUGCUGCUCCACAUCCUGCCCAAGAGGCACUACUACAAGCAGAAGAAGUUCAAGUAUGCGGAGGACAUGGGGCCGGGGACGGGGGAGCAUGACCCCGCGGCCACCAGCUCCACCCUGGGCCUGCAGGACAACAUGAAGACAUCCUGACCCUCGGCCCCUGACUCCUAACCGGACACAGCAUGACACUUCAGGCGGGGGCCCUGGUGGGGUCCCAGCCAGGACACAGAGGUCUCCCCAGGAGCUCUCCAACCUCUUAGCCAGGCAGACACUAGGUUGCCUGCGGCUCAGCGUGGACACUGGGAGAGACCUGUGCAAUUCUGGGCUCUGGCCCCAACUCCACAACCUCCAAGGGAGCUUCACCCAGCCUCAGCCACUCCUGGUCUAGAGCAUCUGGGGCUGGGCAAGGCUCCUCUCACACUCCUGUGUCAGAGAAGUGUGCUUCUCUCUCUGGGCCCUCACGCUACCCCACUGCCUCACGUCUCUAGAUCCAUGCUUUCCCAUAUGGCAGACACUAGCCAUGAUGACAAUUUAAAUUUAUAUUAACUUAACUUGAAUAAAAUACAAAAUUCAGUUCCUAAAACUAGCCACAUCACAACUGCUAAAUAGACACAUGUGUCUAGAGGCUGCCAUAUUGAACCACAUAGAAUAUUGCAGAAAGUUCCAUUGGACAGCUCUGCGUAAGCCCCAUUUCUUACUGGCCCCAGGUUUUCCUAGGGAGCUUAUCGACAGUGCAGGCACCUGGGGCCACCUCAGACCUCCUCAACCAGAAUCUGUAGGGCUGGCCACAGAUCUGUAAGGAUGGAAAACUCCAGACCAUUUUCAGGAUAUAAGUUCAAGAACUGCCUCUGAUUAGGUAUCAGAUUCAGCCUGGGCCUGCAUGGCCUCACAGAUGCAGGUACUGAGCAGGUGUGCGGUGUGUUUAUAAGCCACGUGGUGUCUCACAUACACACCCCCAUACACAUACUCAUCCACAUGCACACCCCCUUCCCAUCCACACUCUGUUUUUGAACAGCUAGAGCCCUGCAAACACAACCAUCUAAACGUACCUAUGCCCUCGAGUACAGACACAUGGUCCAUGCCACAGCACCUCCAUGGGGAUAUGCUUCUCCCCAAGUGUGUCAGGCUGAGACCGUCCCUUCUGGCCAUGAAUCCUUACUCAGCUACCUCGGGUUGGGGUGGAGACCUGGCCAAAUCCUGGGCUUCCUACUCCUGUCCCAGCCUCAGCGCCUAAGGCCUGCCCAGUUCUGUUUGAACACAAGGUCUGGGGAAAGUGAGGGGCGGAGUACAAUAAAAGGAAUGAGGACAAACCUCUGCCUUCUGUACUUUUCCCCACUUUUCCCUCUCUGAAACUAGGUGUCCCCAUCUGUGAAAUGUGGGGGGCCGAGUUGAGAGAUCUCUGAGGUCCUCUGCAUCUUGGUAGACAGUGGUGAGCCAAUAUUUACGUCUUCAGUCCAGCAGGGGCAGUACUGGAGGGUGGCUCACCUCUGUCCAUGGGCCACUGUACCCAAACAUUGGAGCUCUUCCUGGUCCUCCAUAUGCCCCUCCCACAGCUUUGAGAGGCCUGGCACCCGGACAAGCAGAUACCCUCAGAAGUGGCCUCAUGACAGCAAGGAUAAGAAUGGGGCUGGCUGUCCCAGGAGGGAGGUCUGAGAGAAUCCCAAAGAGAGGAGGAAGGUCUUGAAUGGAGGCAGUGUGGAGGGAUUCUCCAGGGGCUCUGCUGUGACAAGACCUGCACACUAGACUUAUGGCCAGGCAGCAUCUCUGGGAACCGCCCCCCCCCAUCACCGUGCUCUAUCUAGACCCAUGCUGUCCAAUAGCAAUGAUGGAAACAUUAUCUGUGCAGCCCAAAAUAGUAUU